AUGGCUAAUAAUUCCGAGCACACUCUUUUCCGGUUCUUAAAAACCGCCCUGCAGACACAUCGCCGGUUUCUUUCCGGCGCAUUGACACGCGCAGAAGCACCCGUCUACGUCAUCGGCAAUCCCGCCGCGGACCUCGACUCUAUUAUCUCCGCGAUAACCUACUCAUACUUCGCCAACAACACUGGCCGGCACCAUGUUCCCCUGAUAAACCUACCGAAUGUUCCAUCGGGCUCUGAGCUGCGCCGAUUGCGACCGGAAUUUGUCAAAGCAUUAUGGUUGUCAACUCACCCCCCGGCGCGAGGUGAACAAGCAUGGGAAGAGACACCCGAAUCAGCCGGGGUGAUCCUCCACGACCAUAUCCUCACCGUGGCAGAUUUCAAUGCGCACAUGAAAGAGAAUGGAAAGGAUAAUGAAGAAUACCAGAUAAGCGCCGACGCGGUCCUCGUAGACUGGAAUGCGCUGCCGAUCGGCACACAGAAAGGAAAGGGUAGUCUAGACGGGCUGCCGACGGUUGAAUUCAACGUGAUAGGUUGCAUUGAUCACCACCAAGAUGAUGGAUUCCUUAGUCCUGGGAUCGAACCAAAAGUCAUCGAGAAGAGCGGGUCCUGCGUGUCGCUUGUUAUACACACGCUGAACAAACGGGGAAUAUGGCCGGAGGGGAGAGCAGAAGAAGCCCAAACACCACGGAUGGCGGCUGAGGAACAAGUAGCCUCGCUUGCCGUAACUCCCGUUCUAAUUGAUACCACCAAUCUCACAGCGAAAGACAAAGUCACCCAAUUCGACAUCCAGGCUGUGGAUUUCCUGACACCCAAAUUCAACAAGGAUGUGACCGACAAGGACAAGCUCUAUGCACAAGUCCUCGAGGCCAAGCAAAACAGUCUGGAUCUUUUGACGGUCGAUGAGAUCCUGGGUCGAGACUACAAACAGUGGACCGAGACGUCUCCCCGUGAACCAGGAACACCCCUUAAUAUCGGCUUCUGCUCUAUGGUCAGGUCGAUCCCGUGGGUUGUUCGGAAGGCAAGAUCUCCGCAAGAGUUCCUGGAUGCAGUGUAUGGAUUUGCCGCCAAACGGGAACUGAGCAUUGUCGUUGUCAUGGCGGCGUUCAGUUCAAGUGAUGGCAAGUUUCAUCGGGAGUUGUUUGUAUGUGCGCGUGACGAGGGCCUUGCAGUUGAUGCCCUGAAGAAUUUUGUUACGCAGUCCAGCUCCCAGUUGGGUCUUGAGGAAUGGUCUUCUGUCGAUGGUGACGAAGGUGGUCUGUCGGAUGCUAUGAAGGACACUCUUAAUAGUGACGAUACCCACAAGUGGAGGCAUAUCUGGACGGCAACGGAUACUACAAAGAGCAGGAAGCAGGUUGCCCCGAUGGUGCGGGAAGCUGUGACCUCUUUGAGAUAG